CAGCGGUGGGCUGGAUGUUUUGUACUGGUAGUGUUACGUUGAGCUAAGUACGAUGUCACAACCCAACAAGAGAGUUAAAACUUUGCAAAUACUACAGUCUCAUAAGAGCGAUGUCAUAACAUGUGAUUUUGGCGGAAACCAUGCCUUGGCGUCGGGUUCUGGAGACAAGAAAAUAUGGGUUUAUGACUGGCAUCCUGGCUUGGGAUAUAUUGAAACCCCAUACUCUCCUCUUUUGGGUCAUAAGUAUGGAGUUACAUCAGUAAGAUUCUCCCCUCAAGGUACGAUGCUGGCUACCUCGUCAAUUGAUGGCACUACUGCGUUGUGGAACGUGCAGACUGGGAAUCGAAUUCACACGUUCGUACAGACAAAUGGUGUAGCCGUUAGAGUAAGCAGAUUUGCACCAGAUUGCAGUUUACUUAUUUCAGCUGGGGAUGAUGGCUCUGUUUGUGUAUGGAGUAUUCGCCACAAAAAUCUUGUUAGGACGUUCCAGCCACAUGAAGGAACCAUUCAGGCUGUUGCAUUUGCUCCAGAUUCCUGCUAUUACAUAACAGCCUGUUCCCAAGGAGUCAUGAAGUUGUGGGAAGUUACUAAUGAAGAAGAAACAAUUAACUCUCUGAUAUCAGUUGAUGAUGUUCAUGAUCUUGGUGUUACAGGAUGUGAUUUUUCACCAGUUCAAGGCCUCACAGAGAGCAAUGAAGAGCUGUUUCAUCGUUAUAACUUUGCCACUUGCGGUAAUGACCAUCUGGUGAAACUUUGGGAGCUACUUGUGGGAAAGAAAGAAAAACACCACACCAAAACUCCUCUACAGCUUAAAAGUGUUGUGUCAAUGGAGGGACACUCUUCAGCUGUUACAUGUGUCAGGUUUUCACCCAGUGGCUCAUACAUUGCAUCUGCAGGAAUUGACAAGAUAUGUUGUAUCUGGGAUUUGAAGGGGUCCUGCCUGAGUGUUUUGGAUGGGCACUUGCGUUAUGUAACGUCCUGUGCAUUUUCUCGUGAUGGAUCAUUGCUAGCAUCAGGUUCCAAUGACAAGACCCUUGCAGUAUGGGACCUGACGGGAAACCUGACCGUAGACUCAGAACUGACAAAACCAUGCUCUGCCCUACGUCACUAUGCCAACAAUAAUACUGAGCAUGGGUUACUGGAUGAGGAAGAACUUAUGAGGCAAGCAGAAAGAGAUAAAAAUGAAGUGAAGCUUUUACAGUCCAUUGAUGGUCAUGAAGGUGGCAUCAACACAUGUCAUUUUUCUGGGAGUAAGCUUCUGGCAUCAGGAUGUGGGGACAAUAAGAUUCAUGUUUGGACCCUUAAUGAAGAUGAUCAGUUUGUUGAGACUAGUGUCUCACCAUUAGAAGGACAUCAAUACAGUGUUUACAAAGUCAACUUUUCUCCAAGAGGUGACAAAUUGGCUUCAUGUUCUCUGGAUGGUGCAGUAAUCAUCUGGAAUAUAGAGACUGGAAUGCCUAUUUGCCCAAAUUUGCAUUGUAGUGGUAGUGGAAUCAGAACAUGCCGAUUCUCACCAGAUGGACAUCUGUUGGUCAUAGCAGGUGAUGCAGAGAAGGCGUGUGUGUGGAAUAUUGAUUCAAUGGAAUGUCUGAUGUCAUGUGAGGGCCACAGUGAUGCUAUCGUAGAUGCAGCCUUCUCACCAGAUAGCCAGUUUCUUGUAACUGUUUGCUCAGAUGGUAACUUUAAAUUGUGGUGUGUUGCACCUUGCUUGGAUCAGUGCCUUAUUACACAGGAAGCUGCUCAUGAUUUGGGUGUUCAGUGUUGUGACUUUUCUCCUUCAGAGGGAAUAGCAGGACGAGAAUAUGGACCUUACAAUUACAGAUAUUUGCUUGCUACUUGUGGUGUGGAUUCACUCAUAAAAUUGUGGCAUAUCACUAUAAAUGCUUAUGAGAAAACUGAAGAGUGUAAUCUGUGGAAACAGUUUGCUGGUCAUGGAGGAGUCAUUACCUGUGUUUGUUUUGCACCUCCUGCUGGUGAAGUACUUGGUUCCACAGCAAGUGACAAAACAGCUCGUCUCUGGAAUGUAUACACUGGAGAAUGCCUUCAUGUAUUAGAAAAUCAUAACAGCAUGGUUACAACUUGUGCUUUUUCCACAGAUGCUAAUCUGUUUGCUACAGGUUCCCUUGACCGGAGACUUAUUGUUUGGCAGUUGCCUCAGGGCCUGGUAAUGCAGUCUUAUGUUACUGAAUCAUUUAUAACAGAAAGGAUUUGCAAACAGAAGAAGAAGCUGCUGAACUGGGGUGUUGAAGAUGUACAGGAAUGGCUACGUGAAUUGAGGUUUGUGGAUGUCGUAGAACAAGUGGCUGCAAAUUGUCUGACAGGUCAACAGCUUGUGACACUACCAUCUGAAGAAAUUUUGGACCUUCUUGAGAUAAGUGAAGAGGGAGAAAGACAAAAACUGAGAUCCUACCUUUUUUGGUUGAAAAAAGCUGACUAUGGUGUGUUGGAUGUACCAGUAGACAAAGAGAUUCCACAUGAAUUUCUCUGUCCUAUUACACAUGAAAUUAUGCAAGAUCCAGUUAUUUGUUCAGAUGGGUUCACAUACGAGUGUGCAGCAAUUAAUGAAUGGUUCCUCAGUGGAAAAUUUACUAGUCCCAUGACCAACAGUCAGUUGAGUAAUACCAAAUGCAUUCCAAAUACAGAUCUUAAAGCAGAAAUUUGUCAAUUUCUUUAUGGUGAAACAGCAUCCUGAAUUUCAGGUUUUGUAUUUGUAACCCACCUGUAUGUACAUGCCACAUGUAAUGGUGUUACAUCACCUAUUACUUCUAAAUUCUAAAAUCACUAGUCAUAAAAUGGUGACUGAUUUUGUUACUGUGCACAGCUACUGUUCUCAUUCUGUCUCUCACAUGUGAAAACAUAUGCUUUACUGAUGCAUUGCCUAUUUUCAGGACAUUAUAAAGCUAGUUUAUUCUUUUUAAAUUUGUGUGCACAGUUAGCUGAAUAUCCUACCAUUGCUGAUUGGUGAUGUGAACAUAUUUUUGUACUUUUGAACUUUCGCUACAAAUUGAAAUGUCUAUUUUUAUGCAGUGUUGAACAACAGUUUGUGACAAAGGCAGUGUGCCUUUACUUUUUUAUGUGAAGUUGAAGCUUCUAAGUUUUAUGAAGGCUUAUUGCUGAGGAUGGUACACUUUUCAAAACACAAAUGUGUAGUCAGUGUAAUGUUUGAAUGCCAUGAGUGACAGAAUUCCAUUAUCUGUGCUUAACUUUAUUUACAGGUGUGUUAGAUUGCUUAACAGUGUUUAUGUAAGUGCAUUAGCACUUGGAGUAAGUAAACAAACGCCGACAUGCUUUACAGUUCAAAGUCGUUAUCAUGCCAGGAGAAUUGGAAUAACCUCAAUGACACCAUUGCUGUAAUUGAAGUGUGUAGAAUCUAGUUUAUUGUGUUGUUGAUACAUUUGAACUUUACUCUUAAAGAAAAAGAAACAUUUGUUGAAUUUUAUGUAUUAUCUUCAGCUUUUUUAAAGCAUUUUUAUUGGUAAAUCAUGGAUCUCCGUUUAAAAACCAUGUCCUGUUUUAAUGAGUUAAUAUAUCAUUGUUUUGUAAUGAAAAUUAGAGAUAUCACAGUUUAUGAGACGAUUUUUGUGAUGUGUGUAAUUUGUGUGUUAUUCCAUAUGAUUGGGAAAUCCAUGGCACCUGAAUAUAUUUCAUUCCUACAGUUAUAUUUUUGUAAAUCUUGCACCAAAAUUAAGUAUUAAUCAAGCAGUAUUUUUAAUUAUGAUUUAUCCAGAAAGCUCUCAGAUCUCAUUGCUGUUUCUGCCGAAAUUAUUCUCAUUGUUACAUGACAUUUGCAGUACUCAGUAGCAUUCUAUGUACCCAGGAUAAAAGAUACUUUUUUUAUCACAGAAUUUGAUGAAUUUACUGAGUACUGAACUAGUUAUUUUAGGUUCAAGAAAUGUAAUUCCAGCUAGAGUAAACUGU